CUGUCUGUCAGUUCAUUGAUCAUUUUGAGCGCCAUUUAUCACUUGAUAAAUCUGCAGAUGUUCUGAACACGUUUAGAGGUCUUUUCAGGAAAUAUGAAACCAACAAAAGUGAAAUACAGUUCGUUUGAUGUAUGUGUAUCUUUUUUAAUUUCCAGCAAAAAAGUGUUCCAGAAGAGGAUUUUGGUGCUACAUUUGCAGUAGCUUCUCUAUGAAAAUGUGGCCCAGCCUCAGCGUUUGUGCUCUGGUGGCAGCGGUUAUUUUCCAUUCUGUGCAUGUUCUGGAGUUCUGCGAGAGCUCAGGUCAUGACUGUCACAGUGAAGAUGUCAUGGCAUCAAGUCAAGACACCAUCAAGUCCAGGUGGAACAUGAGUUUUACAAAUCUCAUACAUGAUCUGGACGACUUCAGACUGUCAUGCAAUAAGCUUAUAGAUGCAUUCCCAAUCGACAAGAUCGAUGGCAACUUUGUUCGAACUGUGAAGAAUUGCAUAUUCUCCAAAUCCAUUCCAACCCUACUGAAAGGCCCGUUAAGACUCGGAGCAAUGUCCAAGGACGUCAUCGAGGGGAUCUUAGAUUUGGACAUAGCAGUAACCCAAUCAAAUGAGUUCUUGCAUUAUGCCAGUGGUGGCAAACUGUUCCAGGGUUCUGUCCCUCUAGCUCACAGAUACGGAGGUCAUCAGUUUGGUUACUGGGCAGGCCAGCUGGGCGAUGGUCGAGCACAUACUCUUGGUCAGUAUACAAACAGGAAUGGGGAAAUAUGGGAACUGCAGCUAAAAGGUUCUGGAAAAACCCCAUAUUCAAGGUCAGGAGACGGUCGAGCUGUGAUCCGCUCUUCAGUGCGGGAAUUCCUUUGCAGUGAGGCCAUGCACUUUCUGGGUGUUCCCACCAGCAGGGCUGCUUGUCUCAUUGUAAGUGAAGAACCUGUGUUGAGGGAUCAGUUCUACAAUGGCAAUGUGAAGACAGAAAGAGGAGCUGUUGUUCUCCGGUUAGCUAAGUCGUGGUUUCUAAUUGGAUCCUUAGAAAUUUUAGCGCAAAGCAGAGAGCGCAAACUCCUGAGAAAGCUGUUGGACUUUGUGAUUCUUGAGCAUUUCCCAUUCAUCCAUUUAACUGAACCAGAUAAAUAUUUGAUGUUUUUUGCCACGGUUCAAAAUGAAACCACACAUCUGAUUGCCAGUUGGAUGUCAUUUGGCUUUGCACAUGCCGUGUGCAACACAGACAACUUCAGUCUCCUGUCCUUCACCAUCGACUACGGACCGUUUGGUUUCAUGGAGUCGUACGACCCCAAUUUUAUCCCAAACACAUCUGAUGACGAUGGAAGGUAUAGGAUUGGAGCUCAAGCUGACAUUGGACGGUUUAAUCUGGAGAAGCUGCUGGAGGCUCUCAGUCCUGUACUGUCCAGAAAACAGCAGCAGGAGGCCCAGAUUAUUUUGAAAGGAUACACUGAAAUUUACCAACAAAGGAUUCAGCAGCUAUUUAAAGCAAAGUUGGGACUACUUGGUGAUGAGGAGGAUGAUGGUUAUCUCAUAGCCUCACUUCUAAAGAUGAUGGAGGACACACAGUCAGACUUUACUAUGUCCUUCAGGCAGCUGAGUGAAUUAUCAGCUCAGCAGCUUCAGAACAGAUACUUCACACAGAUGUGGGCUCUUUGUGAUUUGUCAUCCCACAUGCUCUUCUCUGACUGGAUCAGGAUGUACCUGCACCGACUUAGCAGACAACAAGAAGACAGCGAUUUGAAUCGUCAACGCAGGAUGAAAAAUGUAAAUCCAAGAUAUGUGCUGAGGAACUGGAUGGCAGAAUCUGCUAUAAAGAAAGCGGAGAUGAAUGAUUUUUUUGAAGUGGAGCUGCUGCACCACAUCCUGUCAUUCCUCUUUGUUACACAAGACCCUGCAGAGGAGGCGGGUUAUGCAGCAAGACCUCCACUGUGGGCUAAGAGGUUAAAGGUCAGCUGUUCCUCUUGAGUGCCCACGAGGUAACAACACGGUGCUAAAUUGGAGGCACUGUUGUAUUUGUGAGAUUUUGGACUGUUACAAAGCCAAGAAUGCAUUUGUAAUCGAAUAUCAAGGUCAGGAAAGUUUUGACUGGAAAUAGCCCACAGAAAGUUACAUACAGCUGCUGCAGAAAACUCAAAUUGAUAUUUUCCUCAACUUUCUGUGAAUGCACUAUGUUUUAAACUGAAAAUGUUUCCAUCCAGCUUAUAAUUCCAGUCUGAUGCUGUUAUAUGUGUGUGUCAGAAAAAUUACAGGGACACUUUUUAAUCAGAGUAUAGCAUCAAGUCAAUUCAAUUUCUGAAAUAUUAAUCUGGUCAGUUAAGUAGCAGAGGGGACUGUUCAUCAGUUUCAGAUGUUUUCGUGUUAAUUAAAUUAACAACAGGUGCACUAGAGGGGCAACAAUGAGACAACACCCAAACCAGGAAUGGUUUUAAAGGUGGCCUAGUUUUGGCUAGGGUUGGUGUCACUAAUGGCAGCGUUGUGCAGUAGCUGGACCCUACAGAGGUUGCACAGGUUGUCCAACCCCUCCAGGAUGGCACAUCAAUAUGUGCCAUUGCCAGAAGAUUUGCUGUUUCUCCCAACACAAUCUCAAGAGCAUGGAGGAGAUUCCAGGAGACAGGCAGUUACUCUGGAGAACUGGACAGGGCCGUAGAAGGUCCAUAACCAAUCUGCAGGGGUGGUUUCUGUUCCUUUGUGUAAGGAGGAACAGGAUGAGCACUGCCAGAGUCUUACAAAAUAACCUCCAGCAGGCCACUGGUGUGAAUGUCUCUGAUCAAACAUUCACAGACAGACUGCAUGAGGGUCGCCUGAGGUUGCGACGUCCUGUAGUGGGCCUGUGCUCGCUGGCCGGCACCAUGGAGCUUGAUUGGCAUUUGCCAUAGAACAUCAGAAUUGGCACGUCAUCCUGAGCACAUGUGACAGAUGUGAAAGAGUCUGGAGAUGCUGUGGUGAACGUUAUUGUGCCUGCAACAUCAUUCAGCAUGACCGGUUUAGUGGUGACUCAGUGAUGGUCUGGGGAGGCGUAUCUCUGGAAGGAUGCACAGACCUCUACGAGCUAGACAACAGCACCCUGACUGCUGUUAGGUAUUGGGAUAAAAUCCUUGGACCCAUUGUCAGUAUCAGUCAAUCAAUCAAUUUUUUUAUAUAGCGCCAAAUCACAACAAACAGUUGC